AUGUCCAUCGGUGGCACAGCAGCCGGCCGCAUCACCAUGGAGCUGCGUGCAGACGUUGCCCCAAAGACUGCGGAGAAUUUCCGCGCACUGUGCACUGGUGAGAAGGGCACGGGAAAGUCUGGAAAGCCGCUUCAUUUCAAGGGCAGUGCCUUCCACCGUGUGAUCCCGGACUUCAUGUGCCAGGGCGGUGACUUCACAGCUGGCAACGGAACCGGCGGCGAGUCCAUCUACGGCAGCAAGUUUGCGGAUGAGAACUUUACCCUGAAGCACAGCGGCCCUGGUAUCUUGUCCAUGGCCAACGCCGGUCCCAACACCAACGGCUCGCAGUUCUUCUUGUGCACAGUGAAGACGCAGUGGUUGGACGGCAAGCACGUGGUCUUUGGCGCCGUGACUGACGGCAUGGACGUCGUGAAGAAGAUCGAGGCAGUCGGAUCCCAAUCCGGAAAGACCUCCAAGCCCGUCGUCAUCGCCGACUGCGGACAGUUGGCAUAG